AUGUUGCCUGCUAAACGCCAAAGACCCAGUCGUGUAUCUACAACCUGGUGCAGUGAGAGAUUCUCUGACCGCGCUCAUGACUGGCGACAACCGAAAGUUUCGGGCGGGUGGCAUUUGAAUGACUGCACUGUGUGGCGGCGACGACUCUGUGAUGACCGGAGAUCGGCGGUCGACACGCCGACUGAGAGAUGCACGACUGUGAAUCCCAUUGAAAAGACCCAAUUUUCAUCAGAUACUUUGGUUCUUGCUCAAAUUCGAACUUCCCAGACUGGUUUUGAGUUUGAUUCGUUGGUCGAAAAAAUGGUGAACGGAGCUGCAUUGGUAGCUAUUGCUGCCACAAUUGGCAACUUAUUGCAGGGAUGGGAUAAUGCAACCAUUGCAGGUGCGGUUGUUUACAUAAAAAAGGAACUCGAAUUGGGAGCCGCCAUCGAGGGCCUCAUAGUGGCCAUGUCCCUAAUUGGGGCCACAGCCAUUACUACUUGCUCGGGAACAAUAUCCGACUUAAUUGGCCGACGUCCAAUGCUAAUCCUCUCAUCUAUGUUUUAUUUCCUUAGCGGAUUAAUAAUGUUGUGGUCCCCUAAUGUGUAUGUCCUACUUCUGGCAAGGCUUUUGGACGGUUUCGGGGUGGGCCUUGCCGUCACUUUAGUACCUCUUUACAUAUCCGAGACAGCACCGUCUGAGAUACGAGGCUUGUUAAACACCCUUCCUCAGUUCACAGGCUCAGCCGGCAUGUUCCUGUCUUACUGCAUGAUUUUCGGGAUGUCAUUAUUGCCCUCACCUAGCUGGCGAUUGAUGCUCGGAGUCCUUUUGGUCCCUUCUCUGUUGUAUUUUGGGCUGAUGGUAUUCUACUUGCCUGAGUCUCCUCGGUGGCUGGUGAGCAAAGGGAGGAUGCUGGAGGCCAAAAGGGUUUUGCAGCGCUUGAGGGGUCGCGAGGAUGUUUCUGGCGAAAUGGCUCUACUUGUUGAGGGCCUCGCGGUCGGCGGUGACACUUCCAUCGAGGAGUACAUAAUCUGCCCGGCUGACGAGCAAAAUGACCAAAGUGCCGCGGCAGCAGGCGCGGCGGACGAGGAAGAGCCCAUCAAGCUUUACGGGCCUGAGGCUGGGCUUUCAUGGGUUGCAAGGCCUGCGGGGACCCAGGGCAGUGUCGUGAGCCUCGUCUCCCGCCAAGGAAGCCUGGCGAGCAAGAGCAUCCCUCUCAUGGACCCGCUCGUCACCCUUUUCGGCAGUGUCCACGAACGACUGCCCGAUGGGGCCGGCGGCAGCACCCGCGGUAGCAUGCUCUUCCCCAAUUUCGGAAGCAUGUUCAGCAACGUGGACCCCACUGCUCUCAAGAAUGAUGACUGGGACGAUGACGAGAGCAUGGGAAGGGACGAGGGGGAGGGCUACCCUUCCGACCUCGAGAACCCGGACCACCCGGACAACUUGCACAGCCCUCUGAUUUCACGACAGGCAACGGGCGCUGGGAAGGACGGCGGGGCACACGUGAGGCGGCACAGCAGUCUGGCUUGGCAAGGGGAAGGGGCUGCGGGAACUGGGAUUGGUGGCGGGUGGCAGCUGGCGUGGAAGUGGUCCGGCCGGGAGGGUGAGGGUGGUUUCAAGAGGAUCUACUUGCAUGAGGAGGCUGGGGGCGUGCAGCCUGGGUCGAGACGGGGAUCACUCGUUUCAAUCCCUGGGGGCGGCGGGGCCGUGGAGGGGGAAUACGUGCAGGCAGCGGCGUUGGUGAGCCAGUCGGCGCUUUGCACCAAGGAACUCAUGGGGCAGAGGCCGGUAGGGCCUGCGAUGGUGCACCCAUCGGAGACCGUGGGGAGGUCUCCAGUCUUGGCAGCCCUGCUCGAGCCAGGGGUCAAGCGGGCGUUGCUGGUUGGGAUUGGGAUCCAAAUACUCCAGCAGUUUUCUGGUAUCAAUGGCGUAUUGUACUACACUCCUCAAAUUCUACAGCAGGCGGGUGUGGGAGUUCUUCUCUCUAACCUUGGCAUAGGAUCGGACUCUGCAUCAUUCCUCAUCAGUGCUUUGACUAAUUUGUUGAUGCUUCCAAGUAUUGCUGUUGCUAUGAGGUUCAUGGAUGUUGCUGGUAGAAGGUCCCUUCUGCUGACCACAAUACCCGUCCUAAUAAUUUCUCUCAUCAUCCUCGUGAUUGGGAAUGUCGUGAAUUUUGGAAGCGUGGCCCAUGCCGUGAUCUCGACUUUAUGUGUGGUGAUCUAUUUCUGCACGUUCGUGAUGGGUUACGGACCAAUCCCAAACAUCCUGUGCUCGGAAAUAUUCCCGACUCAGGUCCGUGGCAUCUGCAUCGCCAUUUGCGCGUUGGUCUUCUGGAUUUGUGACGUCAUAGUUACUUACACGCUCCCUGUGAUGCUGGGCUCGAUUGGUCUCGGGGGCGUUUUUGGGAUUUACGCUGUUGUCUGUGCUGUCUCAUGGGUUUUCAUUUUCUUGCGGGUGCCUGAGACAAAGGGGAUGCCUUUGGAAGUUAUUACUGAGUUCUUUGCGGUCGGGGCCAAACAAGAUGGUGCAAAGGCGAGUGAGGAUUGA